AAAGAUGGAGUCCACGAUGCUGAAUUUGCGGAAUCUGUUUGAGCAGCUUGUGCGCCGGGUGGAGAUUCUCAGCGAAGGAAAUGAACUCCAAUUCAUCCAGUUGGCGAAGGACUUUGAGGAUUUUCGUAAAAAGUGGCAGAGAACAGACCACGAGCUGGGGAAAUACAAGGAUCUUUUGAUGAAAGCAGAGACUGAGCGUAGCGCUCUGGAUGUUAAGCUGAAGCAUGCACGCAAUCAGGUGGAUGUAGAGAUCAAACGGAGACAGCGAGCCGAGGCUGACUGUGAAAAGCUGGAACGACAGAUUCAGCUGAUUCGAGAGAUGCUCAUGUGUGACACAUCUGGCAGCAUUCAGCUAAGCGAGGAGCAAAAAUCAGCUCUGGCUUUUCUCAACAGGGGCCAACCAUCCAGUGGCAAUGCUGGAAACAAAAGACUGUCGACCAUUGAUGAAUCUGGCUCCAUUUUAUCAGAUAUCAGCUUUGAUAAGACUGAUGAAUCACUGGAUUGGGAUUCUUCUUUGGUGAAGACUUUCAAACUGAAGAAAAGACAAAAGAGACGCUCAAAUAGCCGACAGUUUAUUGAUGGUCCACCUGGACCUAUAAAGAAAACUCGUUCCAUUGGCUCCACAGCAGAUCAGGGGAAUGAAUCCAUAGUUGCAAAAACUACAGUAACUGUUCCCAAUGAUGGUGGGCCCAUUGAAGCUGUGUCCACGAUUGAAACUGUGCCAUAUUGGACCAGGAGCCGAAGGAAAACAGGUACUUUACAACCUUGGAACAGUGACUCCACCCUGAAUAGCAGGCAGCUGGAGCCCAAAACUGAGACAGAUUGUUCCAGCACUCCACAGAGUAAUGGAGGGAUGCGCUUGCAUGACUUUGUCUCUAAGACGGUUAUUAAACCAGAAUCUUGUGUUCCAUGUGGAAAGCGGAUAAAAUUUGGCAAGCUGUCUUUGAAGUGUCGAGACUGUCGUGUGGUCUCUCAUCCAGAAUGUCGGGACCGCUGUCCCCUUCCCUGCAUUCCUACUCUGAUAGGAACACCUGUCAAGAUCGGAGAGGGAAUGCUGGCAGAUUUUGUGUCCCAGACUUCUCCAAUGAUCCCCUCCAUUGUUGUCCACUGCAUAAAUGAGAUUGAGCAGAGAGGACUCACUGAGACAGGCCUAUAUAGGAUCUCAGGCUGUGACCGGACAGUGAAAGAGCUGAAAGAGAAGUUCCUCCGAGUGAAAACUGUACCUCUCCUCAGCAAAGUAGAUGAUAUCCAUGCAAUCUGUAGCCUCUUGAAAGAUUUCCUUCGAAACCUCAAAGAACCCCUUCUGACCUUUCGGCUAAACAAGACCUUUAUGGAAGCAGCAGAAAUCACAGAUGAGGACAACAGCAUAGCUGCCAUGUACCAGGCUGUGGGUGAACUACCCCAAGCCAACAGGGACACAUUAGCUUUCCUCAUGAUUCACUUGCAGAGAGUGGCUCAGAGCCCAAAUACUAAAAUGGAUUUUGCCAAUUUGGCUAAAGUCUUCGGCCCUACAAUAGUUGCUCAUGCUGUGCCCAAUCCAGACCCAGUGACAAUGUUACAAGAUAUCAAGCGUCAACCUAAGGUGGUAGAGCGCCUGCUUUCACUGCCACUGGAAUAUUGGAGUCAGUUCAUGAUGGUGGAGCAAGAGAACAUUGACCCUAUGCAUGUCAUUGAAAACUCAAAUGCUUUUUCAACACCACAGACACCAGAUAUUAAAGUGAGUUUACUGGGGCCUGUGACCACUCCUGAGCAUCAACUCCUCAAGACUCCUUCGUCUAGCUCCCUGUCGCAGAGAGUCCGCUCCACCCUCACCAAGAACACUCCCAGAUUUGGAAGCAAAAGCAAGUCUGCCAUCAAUCUGGGACGACAAGGCAACUUCUUUGCUUCUCCAAUGCUCAAGUGAAGUCAUGUCCGCCUGGUACUUCCACAGCAUUUACCGACUACAAAAAAGGGCACACCUGUACCCUCUGCUCUGCAGCCUCCUGUACUCAUUACUACUUCUAGCAUUCUUCAAGCUUUUAAUCAAGUUUAAUUGUUCACGGGGGUUUAUUAAAAAUAUGUAUAUCUCCCUCUCCUUCUUCUCAAGUAACAUAUCAACACCUUGUGCUAGUUGUUUCAAGCUUUUAGGUGGGAGAUCUUUGCAGGAGUGGAAGGGGUAGUAUGGAAUUCAUUGUGAUUCUUCUUGGGGGAAGGGAAGUAAGGGGAAUGUCCUUUGGCUUAAAGCCAAAUGCUGCUCAUGGAAUGAGCUUUCUCUGAUGUCUUUUAAAAUUAAUUUCCAUGACAUAAUGACAGAAACUCUACCUCUUUGGUAAGACUGACUUGCAUUAGGGUGGGAGGUGAGAGAGCAGAGUAAAGAAAGGGUUGGACAGAGCAUUUAGGAUGACUCCCUCUGAGAACUCAAAAGUUCCUCUUUUCCCAUUUUGAAUUGAGCUGUAGCAUGGAGCCUUCGUGAAAACAGGAUAGAGUGAGGUUGGAACUAGUGAUGGAAGUAUGCUUAGCUUUAAUUUGGAUUGAUUAACUCUUCAUAGUGCUAAGAGGCACAGGCUUGUAAAUGUGAUAUUAAAACUUGUAUUUAUCUCUAGUGGGUCUCAGGCUGAACUUUGAGUUUGGUUGAGGUCAAAGCCAGUUUAUUCUAAAGUUGAAUUCAUUCUGGUGAUUGACCCUGUUCCAUCUUUACCUUGUCCAGUAGAGCCCUACUUCUAAAGGUCAGUGUGCCAUCUGUUACCCCAACUAAUCAUUAAAGUAGGCUGUAAGGGAAGAUUGUCAGUAUUUUGUGUGGCAAGGAAAGCCACAGUCGUUUUGUCUUUGCACUUUGGAUGCUGAAAUCUUCCCAUGGAACAUGGCUACAUCUCCAUAAAUGUGAGCUUUUUCUUAUUUCCAUUAUAUGUCUAUAAAAAUGAUUUCUUCUAUUGAAUGUUUCUGACCCCUAUUGACUCUUGUCUGUAAAACACAUAUUUGGAAAAAAAUAAAUAGCUUUUUCAAAAUGA